CCUCUUCAUUUGAUAUUUUAUUCCCAAAUUCAAGAUGUGCUGCGCCGGUGUUUCUGGUUCAUAAAUGGUGGAACCAAACCUCAAAUAGUGUGUGUAUGUGUGUUUUUCUCGGAAUGGAUGAUAGAGGCGGAGACGACGGUGGAUCAUUUGUCGCAGUUCGGAGGAUUUCGCAAGGUCUUGAUAGAAGCAAUACUUGUCAUACAACUUCAGAUGAGGUUGUUGCGGGCUCAACAGCAUGGCUGGGCAGAAGCCUCUCAUGUGUUUGUGUUCAGAGAAAAGAAGGCGACUCUCGCCCGUCAUUUGAUUUGACACCUGCCCAGGAGGAUUGCCUAAUGAGGCUGCAAAACCGUUUAGACAUUGCCUAUGAUGGUUCAGUUCCAGAACAUCAGGAAGCGUUAAGGGCAUUGUGGAAAGCUGCCUUUCCACAAGAGGAACUCUGUGAUCUAGUUUCUGAGCAGUGGAAGGAAAUGGGGUGGCAAGGGAAGGAUCCUUCCACAGAUUUUCGGGGUGGUGGGUUCAUAUCACUGGAGAACUUACUGUAUUUUGCCCGGAAUUUCCAGAAAUCAUUUCAAGAUCUUCUUCGGAAGCAGGACGGUGAGAGGGCCAUGUGGGAAUAUCCUUUUGCUGUAGCUGGUGUUAACAUCACAUUCAUGCUUAUUCAGAUGCUUGAUCUUGAAGCAGUAAAACCACGAACUUUUGUUGGAGCGACCUUCCUGAAGUUUCUUUCAGAAAAUGAAUCUGCAUUUGACCUACUGUAUUGCAUCACGUUCAAGCUAAUGGAUCGUCAAUGGCUUGCCAUGCACGCGUCCUACAUGGAUUUCAAUGCUGUGAUGAAAUCAACACGACGUCAGCUAGAAAGAGAGCUUUUACAAGAUGACGUCACACGGCUCGAGGAAUUACCUUCCUAUGGUCUUCUUAGUCGAUAGAUAGCAGCAGGUAGUUUUCGUUUGAUUAAAGAACUUUCACAAGAAAGCAUACGAUGAGAGUACAUCGAUGAUGUAUGCCGAAUAUAUCCAUCCCCAUUCCAACAACACAAAUCUACAAGUCUAUAUGACCCAUGUCGUCGAAUUUGAUUUCCUGAAAAGCGAAAAAAAAGAGCUUUCGGUUUUCUCUUACUUCCUACAAACUGAAGAUUCAAUUUCGGGAAUGCUUGCUUAGUUUGUUGUACGAGAGGUUUAAGUGAUGCUUUCUUUGUUUCAUCUUUACUCUUAGAAACUAGUAUCGACCGAUGUUUCUAUACGUUUUGAGUUUUGAGACCUAAACCGUUGGAAUUCGAAGUUUGUGUAUUAGCGUAAUAACCCAUUUUUAAAUUGUCGAUGAUCGUGAACUGUGAGCUUCUUAUAUAUUUUAGAUUCCGGUGGUUUGUCG